AUGCUUUUCAUAGCAGCAGUGACGUGUGUACGAAUCCAUCGAUCGGACGCUAACCGUCGUAGUAGACGUAGUAGUAGUGAGAUGUCGAAGUCCCUAAUGCAGUAUCCUAGUACUACUACGGAUGCUGGUGAUGGUGAUACAGGCAACGGUGAAGCCACUUAUCCUGCCAUUCUUGAUAAUCAAAAUCUCCUCCAGGACCAUAUGUUGGUGUCUACUCCUCCCCAGUCUAAGAAGAGACCUUUGGCCGUCACAGAAGGAGGUCUGACCAUCGACUUCAACAACACUAUAGCGUCGACACCAUCGACUGCUGCUACUACGAGGCUUGGAGGGGAUUCGACUCUUCGAGGGAAUCCACCCUCAGUGAGGCAAGGGGAAGAGGAGGAGGAAGCUCCGGUGACUCCUCAGAGGAAGGUGAGGAGGAAUUUCUAA